AACAAACCAACCUCUCAGUUUCUCUACUUUUCCUUUAACUGGUCUCAUCUUUUGUGCCUCUGCUUUGCUCAUCUCUUUCUCCACAGAAGUCUUGAGAUUAUAAAAAAAAUGGCAACCUUGAAGCUUUGUUUAAAUGGAGGAGUUACUGUUGAUCUUUGUUUGUUCUUUUGUCUUUAACCUCUUGGCCCAUUCUCUUUGUCUGUUUCUUCCAUCAACCACAUAAAUAAAUAGUAAACCUCAUCUGUAACCAAGUGUUUAUCCAAAGACAAAAAAAAAAAAAGCUGAAGCUUGUGGACAUGGGAAAGAAUCUGAUAAUGCUUCUGUUACUUCUGCAACUUCUGUCCUUAAACUCUCUGUCUCUGAAACAUUCUUCAGCCGAACCAAAUGCAACGAUUACUGUAACAGGUCUUGUUUAUUGCGACGUCUGCUCCAACAACAGUUUCUCUAAACACAGCUACUUCAUUCCUGGUGUGGAAGUGAGAGUAAUCUGCAGAUUCAGUUCAGCUUCAUGGAGGACUAGAGAUAUGAUAACGUUCUCUGCAAAUCGAACCACAAAUGAGCUUGGACUCUACAAGCUAGACAUAACAUCUUUGGAAGGCGUUGCUUGCGCCGAAGAUUCUCUAAUGGCUUCUUGUCAGGCAAGUUUGAUCGGUAGCUCCUCAGAUUCUUGCAACGUUCCAGGCAUUAGAACUACAACGGAUCAGGUCGUGUUCAAGUCCAAGAGCUCUAAUCUCUGUGUCUAUGGGUUUACGGCUUUAAAUUACAGACCCUUACAAAAGAAUCUUGACUUGUGUGGCAAGUAAUAGAGAACAAACAAACUGGUAAUAAUCUUCUUUGUUUGUUUCUACUCUAACUAUGUCUUUAAGACUGCAACAGGGAUCACUCUGUUCUGUCUUCUAGUCCUCUGUAUCUUUAUCUUUAAGACUUUGUUUAUUUUGUUCAUACGUAAAUUUUAGUUUUUUUUU